CGGUAUUAUUAUUCUCGUCCACAAAGCGAUGGUGUAAUCAAAAGUUAUCCUUUAGUGCGUCUUCGACAUUUGCUUGUUGCUAUGAAAAUUUUCGAUUGUUCUACCUUUCACAGAUGCUUCGAAAACACAUCAGUUUAUGUUCUGAAAUUUUCUUUAAUUAUCAUGUGUGUUUUUUUAUUGCUGCAUUAUUUUACGUCCUCACAAAAACUAGAAGCAUUGUUGUCGAGUGGAGCCGUCAAGGUAUUUGCAGUUUUUUCCGGUUAAAACAAUGUCUUAUGAUUGAAGAGUUUACAAAUAGAUCUCUUUUUAUAAAACUUGUUCUGUUUCAGUUCUUUGUUUCUGUAUCAGUUGUUGCUUUCUCGAAGUUUUUCUGCAUCACUGUCUUAUUUUAAACAGGUCUCUUGGACAAUUGUUCCGUUUAUUUUCUUUUAAAUUUGAUUUUUUAAUGCAGAGUCCAGAAAAAUUGUUAACCUUCCUUCAGACAAAAAAUCCCAAAACGCAAACCUUCCUCACAAACAAUGGAAAGUAGGCGUGGCUGGGUGUGUCAUAGGAGCUUCUAUUGUUUUUCGUGGACUUUCCUCCGGUCAGUGGCCGUGCGACCGUAAUGUUUUCCUGACUCUAUUUUAGUGGUCUCUUGUUUUACAAAGGACAAUUGUUCGAAUCAUUGACAGAAACAAGCCUCCAGGCUUCAGUCCCCGUUCUCUUUCACGUAUUGAAGUCUUCAGAUCAUAACUAACAAAGAGGGUACGCUUCCAACUCCAGACUUCAUAUUUUGCAUUUGUACAUGUAGUACAGUAGUAUUUUUAAUAACAGUUUCACUCUUAUUGCUUUUUUGUUUACGACGGCUGUCAUCCUGAACGGGAAUUUUGUCGUUUUCUGCAAUAUGCUGUAUAUUUAUUUUUUCAAGCAAACAACAUACUGAGACCGACUCAGAUCUGUCCUCCUUAAGCUACAUUUCACAAUAACAUUCCUAAUAAAUUGCACAAAAACUGGUACGGAAACAUGGAUGAAAAUCAAUUAAAUUUUUCAGUGUUUUUUUAUCUAAAAAAAGCCCUUGACUUGCCGAACACGAAAUUAUUGUUAAAAAUUGUUAUGGUUGUGGUGGGGGGAGGGUUGGGCUGGUUCGUCUGCAGCCUGAGUUAUGGAUACAGUACUGCUCUUUUACUAAUCAGAAGUCAAGUGAAAUCUUUAUAUGUGGCUUUCCCAUAGAAUUAGGAAUCUAUGGGCAUUCCACAAGGAUUUUUUCUCGGCCCACUUUUAUUUGUUAUCUAUCUUAGUGAUUUUCCCUUAGAAAUUCCCUUAGACAUUCUACAACGGGUAUGCACGUAGUUGACACAAAGGUGAUUUUUACAUCAGACAUAAAGAAGACCUUCUUGAAAAUUUUUUACUAAGCGUCUAUCCGCAAAAAGGUACACGGUAGUAUGGCUCAGCAUUAAAAAAUGUCAAUGAACUGUUUUGCUGGGUAUAAUAACAGAUGUGGGUUGGAGUUCUGAUAGACAAUUUUCAAUGAAAAUAACAAUGAAAAUAGCCCCGCGAUUCCAUCCUUUUAACAUUUACGAUGUCCUUGUGGAGAAUUACGAUAUACAAACGUCGUUUUGUUAUUUUAAAUGGUAUUUUGGGUUCCUAAUGCAAACGUUGUGACCAAGAUGGGGAAAAAAGUUUUAGAAACCCAUGUACCAGCAAACUUAAUAUUUUAUUAUACUGUUAUGUUAUACAUAUGCGUCUUGUUUUAGAAACUGGCCAGUCCUGCUUCUUUAUCGAAGCUUUUCUGGAUUCCGAGUACUUCUCGAUUUCGAAAAUGUUCGUUAAGCCUCGUACACCAAGACAGCUUACGUCCCUGUUUUUAAAGAUGCUUCGACUUUGUUUGUCAUUAUUUUGUUUAGUUGAUUUUCAGAAUUAGGACAACUUCCUUAGAAGGUCAACUGCUCUGAAUAUAAAUUGUCAUAAUACUGAGAAAUGAAAACAGAACAAAUUUAUGUGGCACCUUGUAUUCAAGUCGCAGUAGUAGAGUCAAUAGAAAUAGCAAUAAAACUAAGCAGCAGCAAAUUCUUGAAAAGAUCGAUUGCUUGUAAUCCAGCCGCCGAAAUGCUAUUCACAGGAAUUGCCUAUACAUUACUACGUGUAUGUCUGAAGGCUUCCUUGAAAGAAUUUUGGCAGUAUUUUGCAGUACGUCUGCCCGAAAAGAGAUCAUCUAAUGGUCAAAAUGCUUUCCUGUAGAGGUGAAAAAAUAUUGAAAAGCCUCCCAACCGCCUGUAAGCAAGCAACAACUAUUGGUUUUAUAUCUUACAUAAAGAACUCUAGAGCACUUUUGAUAAAAAUUUUGUUACGUAAUAUUUUAUUCUUUCAUUCUAAUUACGUAGCAUUUUUUUCUUUUGUAUAAAUUCAAUAUAGUUUUGUAACUUUGUAAGUGGAGGGCUCCUCGAAAAUCAGCAACGCUGAAGGGCAACCCUCCUUAAUACUCAUAACCAACCAAUCACUCAAUCAACUAUUAAAAUCAUUCAAUCAAUCGAUCAAUCAAUCAAUUACGCGUGAUAAAUUACUAACGAAAGCGGAAGUCAUUACAAUUUACAUAGAGAGAGAUAUUUUACUCAGUUGCAAGCAGAUUUUGAUGAAACUUUUACUUUUCAAGUAUAGAGUGCAGUUCAGGUUUAGAGCGCCAUUGUUAUUUUAACGUUCUAAUGAUCAGGCUAAAUUGCAAAGCAAUUUGUAUGCUGACGUCAUAGAGAUUACUGACUUGGAAAAUAAUAGACCCUUUGUCUCCUCUUAUUGCAACUUUUGUUUCAUGCUCUUCGGUUGAUGGUUCUUGUAGUGUCGUGUUUGUGUUAUCAAUGCAGCUGCUUUCGGAAACUAUUCUAUAUUCAAUUACGUAAGCCGGAAUUUGAAAAGUCUUCUUUUAAAGGGCGCCAAAAAGCAGUCUUGACAACUGUCAUUAAUAUGUAAUACUGGCUUUGCUGCAAAAAACAACGUCCUAUCCCAUCGUUCUCAGCAAAAGCAAGAUAAUUAUUUGCUUGUAAUGUUUCUGUUAUUACAAACUUAAUAGCAUGUCUACUUCAACCCUUUUCCACCGCCCAAUAAUAAAAGCUCUCAUGUCGCGAAUCAGAUUUAAUAAUUCAAUUGAGAGCUUUCGUCAGAUGCAUAGAAUCAGCACAUAAGCACGAGUUUGCUUACAAAAAUGAGUUUUGUGCAGCAAUUUUCGCAUGAGAAAUUUGAAGACAAAAAGGUGGUGAAUUCAUUUUCUGUAAAAGUCUCUUUACUGGCGUUGCAAAGAGUUACUAGCAUGUUAAUGACCAAGGGCAAGUUUGAAGGCCGAAGCUUAGCACAGGCUCGUGCUUUUAGAAAUCAAGUGGGGACCCUAACAGACGAGCGUUGCAAUCAGUUUUCCAGUAUAUUAAUGCUGAGAACGGAAAUGUAAGUAUCUAACGUCUAGAUGAAGUAACUUGUUCGGUAUCUACAUAUGGAAUGUUUUGUUUGAUUUGUAUUGAAUACUGAUCAUUUGCUAUAUGCCACAUUUUUUGCAAUGAAAGGCUUUUGUUGAUAAAGCUCUCUUAUGUAGCAUACCUAAGGGCCCGUUCACACAAGGGCCCAUUCAUUUGAAAACGGAGUCAAAUUAAUCCGUUUUUGCCUUGCGUUCGCACUACUCUUCGCACUUGCGUUUUCAGUGUGAUGACCAAAAGCGGAGACAUUUUGAAUUUGAAAACGGAGUCAAAUUAAUCCGUUUUUGCCUUGCGUUCGCACUACUCUUCGCACUUGCGUUUUCAGUGUGAGGACCAAAAGCGGAGACAUUUUGAAUACGCUAACAACGGCAACAAAAUACGUGUUUUUUAGCACCAAAAUUUAGUACAAAUUUUGAAAUUGAAAAUUAACAUUGGACUGGUUGUUGUUAAAACAAAUUUUUCACGAUUCGCUUUUAUUUAAUUUAAUUCAUAAUGACGCCAAUUUGUUGAGGAUUCGUGAAGGCCUCUUUUCAAAAUUGAGGCCAUCAACAGCUCAAGACCACUCUGGCAAUUUAUACUUCGUGUCACUGGUAGUCUGUAUCAUUUUACUUUUGGAGUAGACAAAUUACAAGCGUAACCUACUUUCUUCUUACAGUUACAUAAGAAAACAACAAAACAGAUCCGUUGGUAGAAAACAUUUGCCCUGCAAAAAUCAGUUUUGUCCUGCGAAAAGGUCCUACGUUCGUGGUGUGAAUCACCCACCCCCCAGCCCCCCUCCAUAUGUAGCGGGAUCUUUAUCGAAGAAGUGAGACGAAGAGAAAAGAACUUCGUUUAUGUUUUCUGCUUCAUCGUCGAAAUCAAAAGUCCUAUAACUAACUACGUGCUGAAAUAUAUAUCCUUAAGUUAAGUGCGUCAUAAGUAACAUGAUAACGAGGUUAAUACUGAAAAGGAGAAUAUUCCUAUUACACAUACCCCUCUCAAGUGACGCCCCUGCUCACUUGUCUCAAUUCCAGAAAUACUGGGAUUUUCUUAAAAGUCAGAAACUUUCACUAAUCUCAAUAUUUGUCUCUGUUGAUUGGGGCAUUACCUAAAGUUGUUAAAGUUAAAGUAUUGUAACUCUUAGUAAAUCGUUUGUAUUGUAGUAUCGUAAUUUUGUAGAAUCGUAAUUUUGUAGAAUUGUUUGCUGAAUCGGCUUAUAAUUCAGUGAAACUGAAGUUAUGGCCUCUGGAAAUAACGCACGAGAAAAUCUAAAACAAGCCUUUCAAGACAGAAGUACUAAAUCUUAAAUUUCCAAAACAAUCAUCAAUCUCAAUCUUGGUUUUACUAACCGGUCGUUUUUCCUUGAAAAAAUGUUGCUUUCGCCAAGUAACCGCGUUAUCGUCAUAAAAAGUAUCCCCACCACUGCCCAGAGACAAGGACUUUUUGCAUGCUCAUUUUUGUUUUGAACGGAAACAAUAUGGUGUGGUUUGAUUUUGCAAUUGAAACAAAACAUGGUAGCUCCAAAUUUGUAGAUCCGAGUGAUGAGUACACUUUUGUGGAAAAUGAUAUAUACUUUGGCAAAUAAGAUGACGCAUUCCGUCAAUUGUUUAAUGGCAAAGCACUAGGUGUCUCCCAGUGAAUUCUCGGCAGUUCAUUUUAUUCCAUAGUAGUUUCCUGUAGUGGGUGUUUAGAACCGUAGCCGGGACUUCCGAUUGAUUCUAUUUUGAAAAUACACGCCUACUGCGUAUUCAAAAGAGGGAAAGUUGUUGUAUAUAUCGAUGGGCUUUUAGAAGAAAUGUGUCUGAUGUCCUGAAAAUCUUUGUUUAAGCAAAGCUAUGAUUAAAAAUACAUCGAAAGACUAUGUUAGCCUGGUUACAAUAUGCGAAGAGCAAAUAGUCGAUGCUUUCUCAAGAUUCUCCCGCGCUAAAAUAGCUGUUUUACGCAGGCGUGCCAAUAGUUUGGACCACAUCCCUUCUCCAUCUACAAGCCCUUCUGCGUUUCGCAAGAAAUUCCACUACAGCCCAGUGGAAUCACCAAGACCUUCUUUCAACCGAACUAUUUCUUUGUCGCAAAGGUCUCCGUUUCGUAAAAGAAAUGCAUUCACGGAGCCCGAAGCAACACUUUUGGGCCUCAAAGAUCAAAGACCACGAAGCUUUAAGAGGCAUAAAAAUGCAAUGGAAGCCUUGUUUGAUGCAAUCGAGAGACAGGACACAGAAGAGGUUAGAAAGAUUAUGCAACAGCCGGGCAUAAAAGUCAAUGGCCUGAACUCAGAUGAUUUCACGCCGCUUGAUAUUGCACUCCUGAAGGGAGACAUGGACACUGCCAAGCUUCUCCUUCAUUUUGGUGCUAUUGAAAACCCAUCGUUUAUCAACGCAGAUGCACGAGCAGAAAAGCUCGAGUCUUUAAUCACGGAAGCAGAUAAAAAUGUCAACGAUUUUACGGCAUCUAUCGUCAAUUGUACUGCAGAUAUCAAGGAGAGUGAAAGGCAACUACGAGAAUGGGAAUGGAGGCUCUAUACGCUUCGACUUAUGCACAAUACGCUUGUAAACACAGACGCGCCAAACGAAAUACCAGUAGUAUCAGCUGCUCCAUUGUCGGAUCAAUCAGUUAUCAUCAUAAUCACUCCAGCCAAGCACAGCAAAAAGGAAUUGAUUACCAAAUAUAAAAUUGAAUGGAGCAGCGACUUGGACUUCCAAAAAAUUAAAGGAGUGAAAUUAGUAAUGGAUGUAAGGAGUUUACAGUGUACAAUUGAUGGACUGGAAAAGGGCAGAAAGUGCUACCUCCGUGUCAGAGUUGGGAAUAUCAAGGGUUUUGGACCACCAGUUACUCCAGAUCCUCCUUUCGUCAUUCCAUCUUCCUGGCAUGAAAUCAAUGAUCAAAUACCAAGAUACACUGGUUGCAAGGAAAGGUUAGAGGAACUUCUCGAAAAAAUCAUGGCCCACAAAGCAGCGCUAUUCGAGGAGCAAAACGGAGAUUUAGGGUCAAAAAAUGGUGCUUCUCCCGUUUCGUCGUCGAAAGAAUCUCCGAAAUUGGGCAGAAAAGGAUCUGUGUUCAGAACUGUUUCAAAAUAUACAAACUUGGUAUUCCAUUCUGCCCCCAAAUUAUUAAAACGAUUGAAAUGCCGUGGCAUUUACUUAGCUACAUUGCUGUACAACGAGGAGGACGACCGAGUUCUAGUUACGAUGGAUGACAACAUUCCUGUUGUUGAGGUUGAUGACAAUUUCUCGAAGUCUUUUACGCAAGAAUUCUAUUGGCUAGCCAAGAUAAGUUGCACAUGGGAAGAUGUACAGCAAAUGCUUCUCGACUCAUCCAAAGUGCACUCAUCGCAUGCAAUUCACAUUCGAAGAAAAUUACUGCAGGCCAGUAUGGUUCUUCAGAAUGCAACUGGGGUCCAAGACCUAGGUUACCUUUAUCACAAAGCUUUUAAAGAUUCUCAUGGUAGCAUCCUUCUUCUUACUAUCAAUAAUGCUCAGAAAAGUUUCUGUAGUAGCAAGUCUUCCACCAUGAAGUGGAUCCCGAUUUCAAAACUACAGAAGAAAACCAACGCUGUUCAAGAUGCCAUUGUUCCUCAACGACUAAUUCCUUCUUUGCAGGAGCAAGUAAUGUACCAUCGACGAAGCAAGGUGUCGGUGUCAAGAGGUCUGUACCUUGGGUACCUGAAACUUCGAACAGCAGUGGACUCAUUGUCCAUAGUUGUACCAGAGACGCAACCAAAUUUACCCCCGCAUGUCAAGAUAAGAGACAUCCCUAAUGUAACAAAAGAGGACUGGCUGUGGAUACAGUCCAUUGGCUCCAGCUUUGAUCUGGAAGCUGAAGCCAGCCCGUCGUGCUCUGCAUUUGAGAGUAAACUAAAGGCUGCCUCGAAAAAGUUAUUUACAAACUUGGGUAUCGAGGAGGAGUACGCCAGUCGACACCGAAUUUACAACAAGGAGGUUAUUGAAUUGAACGACAAUGUACUUAUGGUCCUUCUGUUGCCCCCGGUCGAUGACAUGUGUACUGCCCCUGGUCAGAGUGACCUCUUUCAUGCAUUGUCAGGUUACUUGUCUAUUCCUGUGCAAACCUUUGAGAUGAUCAACAUGAACACUUACCAGCCAAAUAUCAUGAAAACCUACGCACGGCUGUCGUCCAUUCUAGAACUUGAAACAUUCGUUUGUCUGCAAACUGCGAGAGAAGCCUUGUCACCCUCCGAGGCCAAGGUUGCCGCUGACAGACAAAAAAAAGUAACCGAAUUCCAAAAGGGGGUUGACGCACAAUGGCACAAUGCAAGGUGGAUUCUUGACGUUAUUCAAAUGGCAAGAGACAAACACUUUAGUUGUGGUGCUCUAGUGGGACACUUGUAUGACCCAGGGUACGUUUGCAAAAAAGCCAGUCUUUCUCCUCCAUCUUCAAAACACAUCAAUACUGUAAAUCGUACGAAAAAUGGAUUGUCUCUAAAAAGCAGUAGCUGCAACAUUAAAGUUCAUGGCACGGAGGAAAUUGGUGUCUUACAUAACGAAUUUGUAGAAAUUGACGUAACAAUGGAGACAACGGUCAAAGAGAUUGUUCACCUUGCAGCACAAGGGAUGCUACAAUUCAUAAGCGAACCGAACAGAAAUUUCUUCGAAUCUUCGGCUGAAAAUAUGAGCUUUCUGGGCCUAGUUGUGCUGUCUGGCUCAAAAGAGCGCUGUUUAAGAGAUGAUUUAAAACUUCUUAGUCUUCAGAACCCAUGGGAUAGAGGACAAAUAUUUUUAAGGCUGAAAAAAGAAGCUUACAAAGCAGCAAAACUUAGUAAAUCGACGUCGGUGUAGCCGAGCUACCUGUCUGUUAGCAAUUUUUAUGCCAAAAAAAUUUAACUCUCUUGUAAAAUUCGCACGUUGAAUGCUUUUGUGUCAAUUGGCGUUACUGUUAUUUCACUGAAGUCGCUGAUGUGAUACUAAAGUCAUCACUGUAACAAUGAUAUCGUCACUAUGAUAGCGACGACGUCAUCCACUCCGUCACUUCUGCAGCAAUCAAUGACCGAAAGCAACCUUACAAUGAACGCCGUGCAUUUGUAUCUGUGUGGAAUGGAACGGGAAGGUUUUUAAAAGGUUACGAGUCCUAAUCAGCUCGAGAGUUGGAAGUGGUCGGCACUGCCAGCAAUUUGCUUGAUGCGGAGGACUGUAGCGGAGUUGAACCUUAGACCUCUUUUACACUGUGCCAGAUAAAUUUUAUCCGCAUAAAACUUGUUCGGGUUGAUUUGCGUUUACACUUAACCGCACAAAUUUUGUCCACUUCGUCCUCCCGUUUACACUGUGCCGGAUAACUGCAGUCAUGUGACCUAAAUCGUGCACAGAACGCCUAAAACAAAGUAAUCUCUGGGCAACAAAAUAACAACUAAAUUCCCGCCAACAUAAAAAGACUUUUGAUUCUCUCUUCAAAAUCAUCUGCUUCUCUUUGAGACGAAGUCGAAAGAUACUGUCAAAACAACUUAGGCAAAGUUAGUUUCAAUAAUUCGUUAGUCUGAAACAAAAUAACGCAGAAAUAGCGAAGAAAGUGGAAAAAGCUGACAAGGAUGCCAAUUUUACGUGGACUGACGAAGAUGCUGCACUUUUAACACGAGUAUUUAUCGAUUACAUGGCAGCCAAGAUGGCGAAAGGUCUUGACUGGGAGACAGUGAAAACUAAAUAGGAAGAAAUAGCCAAUUGCUUUCGAGCAAGAUACGAUGUGCAUAAAAUUUAUCCGGAUAAAAACAUUCACACUGUACCACAUAGCUAUCCAAACUAAUUUAAUCCACUUUCCUAGGUGCACUAGUUUGUUCGGAUAGCUGCUCUCAAAUUCGUGCGGAUAGCAUGGGUCUAGUGUAAACGCAACGCCUAUCUGAACUAGUUCUGAUGCGGAUAAGAUUUAUCCGAACAGUGUAAACGGGGUCUUAAUUCAGUUUUUUCUCAAACGACUUGAAAAAAAUUGACUCAACAAAGUUAACCGUAGCAUUACAUAUCACAUGAAAAGGAGCUAAGUUUCCUGUUUCGUGAAUUAGUUAUUUUUUUACUAUUCAUUCCAUACAUGAUUCUGUUAGAGCGUGGAAAAUUUGCUAUACCCGAAAUGUUUUGAGGCCGGUUUUUGGUUUCAUUGGAUAAUGUUUGGUACAACGGUAAAUAAGUGGCUAAGCUUUUAUUAUCACGUUGUGUGUCUAUAAUGGCGAUUAAUUUCCUUAGAAAGGGAAACGGUUAACCAUUGCAUUAAUCAUGAUUGUAACUAUUAAGGUCCGUUCACACUACUUCGUUUUCAGAUGAAAACGAAAUCAAACUAUUCCAUUUUUCCCUUGCGCUCACACUGCUUUGCUACAAAAACGGAGUUAUGUGAAUACGCAAAUGAAAACGGACACUUUUGAAUACCGUGCGUAUUUAAUACGCUCCGUUUCCAAUGUGAACACCGAAAAUGGAGACAUUUGAAUACCCUAACAACGACAAAAAAUACGUGCUUUCUAGCACGAAAAAUUUGAAAAAUUUUGAAAUUGAGAAUUCACAAUGGACUGGUAGCUGUUACAAAAAUGUUUUUCACGAUUUGCUUUUUUUUUAAUUUCAUUCAUAAUGACGCCAGUUUGAUGAGGAUUCGUGAAAGCCUCUGUUCCAAAAUGAGGCCACCAACAGCGUUUUGUUGGAGCAGUGUGAACACCUACCGUAUUUAAAGGGUAUUCGUUUGAAAAUUGCUAAGUGUGAACGGACAGCGUUUUCAUCAACGAAAACGGAGCAAAACGAAUACGGAGCAGUGUGAACGUAGCGUAAUAUUGAUUUGAUCUGGCUUCAGUUAUAGAUAAAUUAUGCUCAUUAAGUCACUCGAAUAGAUGUUUUACUAACUCUAUUAUAACAAAAGCCAAUAGAGAAAUCUGUUCUACUACAGUUUUUCAGGUGCAAUUAUUCAUCAACACCAAUUUGUAAAUUUUGAGGGCCCCCUGCUCUUGAAAUGGUGUUCAUCUCCUGCUCCUCCCUUGCUCCUCCCUUGCUCUUCCCUUGCAAUAUUGUAAUUCUUAAGUAACGAUUUGUAGUUAUUUCAAUAUCCUGUAGUUGCCCUUUCAAACGUUUAUAGCCUUGAACAGCAAAAUACUCAACGUCAAUCUCAAACGAAGGUUUAAAAGCGUUCAAACACUUAUUCGGUGUUGCUCUUUUUUGUAUGUUCAGAUGUUUUUGAUAUGAUUUAAAUGGUUUUAGGCCGGUUACCUCAUUGGGAGGCUUUUUUAUCCCAAAGAAAAAUUUAAAUACGCACUGGCAGAGUAUACUUAGACUUGCGUGACUUGGUAAAAUGUAUAUAUUAUUAUCAUUUAAAAAGAUAAAUAUGAUAAGCAAUUGUUUCUUAACCUUUGCUAAACGUUAGUGAACGAUUCAGCAAAAAAUAUUUUAGAAUUAGAAAGUUUCGUUUUUUCAGUUGGGAACCCCCCCCCCAUAAUUUUUAAUGCUAGAAUUCUCUGUAAAGCUAAUUUAGUUUUAAAGUCUUCCUUAUUGCAGUUGAAUGUUCUGUAUAUUUCAUGAAUAGAAUUGAGAAUAGGUUCUGUUGUUAUAAUGUUAGAUUUAUUUAUUUGAGUCGAUAUAAUAUUCGCUCAUGUGCAGACAUUUA